AUGGAGCUGAAGAAGGACAGCAACGCCGUGUCCAUCGACAUGCUGCUAAUCGUGCACUCGGAGAAGCGGCGCGCCGCCCAGGGCACGCACUCCGACCAGCAGGCAGACCCGGGCACGUUGCUGCAGCGCAGAGGAGGACUCCAAGGUGUCAAUAAUAAAAUCCAGGGAUGGCAGAAAUUAGAAGGAAACAGCCUGCUAGGAAACCUGGCGGAGAAGCAGUAUCCUCAGCAGACACAGGUCAUCACGUCCUACGACAACCAAGGGACUCAGCUGACUGUGGAGGUCCACCCUCGAGACACCAUGCCUCAGUUGCUUAAGAAGUUCUCCUUGGCUAAAUGUUUACAAGGCGAUAAAAAUGGAAAUACAAGACCCCGGCAGCCUGGAGGGAAGGACGCCCACGCCUACCCCUGGGAUCGGUCUGGCCUGAAAUCCAUGCCCCUGGACUUGCGGCACUUUGAAAAGCUGGACUCCUAUGCCUCACAGGUGACAGUCAAGAGUGGUCUGGACGAACUGGUGAGCGACCUGCUCCAGGAGGCUCACAGUGACCUGGAGAGGGUCCGUGCCAUCUGGAUCUGGAUCUGCCACCACAUAGAGUACGACAUUGAGGCUGCCCAGGAGAAGGACCGCCAGGCCUUCAAGCCCACCGAAAUCCUGAGGACCCAGAAAACCAAUUGUGAUGGCUAUGCUGGGCUCUUCGAGAAAAUGUGCAGGAUCGCUGGGGUACAGUGCAUGACGGUGGCCGGCUACUCCAAGGGCUUCGGCUACCAGACGGGCCAGAGCUUCUCUGGGGAGUUUGACCACGCUUGGAACGCGGUGUACCUGGAGGGGAGAUGGCACCUCGUGGACAGCACCUGGGGCAGUGGCCUGGUGGACUCCACCACCUCCAAGUUCACCUUCCUCUAUAAUGAAUUCUACUUCCUCACGCAUCCUGCACUGUUCAUCGAGGACCACUUCCCAGACAAUAAGAACUGGCAACUGCUAAAGCCUCCUCAAUCCCUGAGGCAAUUUGAGAACAACAUGUAUCACAAAAGUGAAUUCUACAAUAAGGGGAUGCUGAGUGCCCAUCCGGAUAUGCCCAUGAUCAGAACAGUGAACGGGAAGGCCACGAUCACCAUCGAGAGCUGCGCCCCAACGCUGUUCAUGUUCAUGCUCAAUGGCAAGCAGGAGCACGGUCUACUGAGCCUCAGGAAGAACGGGAUGAAGCUGGAUGUGUACCCACCGACCAUGGGCACCCACAAGCUGCAAAUCUUCGCCAAAGGCAACUCCGACAUCUACAGCUCAGUGCUGGAGUACACAAUCAAGUGCAACUAUGUGGACUUCGGUAUCCAGCUGCCAGCCGAGCUGCACCAGCCCGUGGGCCCCAGCUGGUUCUCGGAGCAGAUGGGCAUCGUGAAGCCCUCCCACCCUGACCCCAUCAUCCACACCAGAGACGGCCGCUGCUCCGUCAGCUUCAGCGUGGAGGAGGGCAUCAGCGUCCUGGCGUCACUGCAUGGGGAUGACGGGCCGGUCACCGAGGAGACACAACGACGCUACAUCUUCCAGCUGCACCGGGAGAAGCGGACAGAGCUGAAAGUCCAACUGCCCCACGCCGGCAAGUUUGCGCUCAAGAUCUUUGUCAAGAAGAGACAGGAACCAGGCAACUACGUCUUUGUCUUCAACUAUCUCUUGUGCUGCACCAACACCAAGGUGAACUGGCCUGUGUUCCCCGAGAGCUUCGGCAACUGGGGGCAGGAGAAUGAGCUGCUGGAGCCCCUGUCAGGCGUGCUUCCUGCCAACCGGAACGUCCCAUUCAAAUUGAAGUUGCAUGGCAUUGCCAAGGCCCUGGUGAAGGGGCAGGAUACGUGGCCGCUGACCCUGAACCGCGACGGCUACUGGGAGGGCAGCUGCAGCACGGCUGGCUGCCAGGAAGUCUUCGUCAUGGUGCUAGAGAACGCCAACCACAACUUCUACUCCUACAUCCUGAAGUACAAAGUGAACACCCAGUGA